AUGCCAGUUCCAAUCGAAUACUCAUAUGAGGACACAAUCAACAUAUUGGUGUUAGAUGAACUGGAUUACGACCGGCUUGAAAUGGGUAGAGAACUUCAACAAUGUCUUGCUUCCAUUUCAGAUGAGCAAAGAAAGGUUUAUGAUGUAGUCAUGGAUGCAGUAACCAAUGACAGUGGUGGAAUGUUCUUUCUAUAUGGCCAUGGUGGAACGAGAAAGACGUUUCUAUGGAAAACUCUUUCGGCUGCAGUUCGUUCGAAUGGAGAGAUUGUAAUUAACGUUGCAUCGAGUGGUAUAGCAUCGUUAUUGCUCCCCGGUGGAAGAACAGCUCAUUCUCGAUUCGGACUACCCAUAAAUGUACAUGAGAGUUCCACCUGCAGCAUAUCGCAACAAAAUCCACAGGCAGAGUUGCUCAUAAGGGCAAAGCUUAUUAUAUGGGAUUCGGGUGAACUCACCAAUGUUACUAGAAAUGUCGUGUACAAGGAAGUAUUUCAUCGAAUUUGA